UUUGCCCCAGAACCUUCCAAAGGAGACGCAGUUAAGUCGUACACUUUUUGUUCCUGUUGUACUUUUCGGCAGCUCCUCUCCACCAUGCCAGAGCCCUCUAAGUCCGCUCCUGCCCCGAAGAAGGGCUCCAAGAAGGCGGUGACCAAGGCGCAGAAGAAGGACGGCAAGAAGCGCAAGCGCAGCCGCAAGGAGAGCUACUCGGUGUACGUGUACAAGGUGCUCAAGCAGGUGCACCCCGACACCGGCAUCUCGUCCAAGGCCAUGGGCAUCAUGAACUCGUUCGUGAACGACAUCUUCGAGCGCAUCGCGGGCGAGGCCUCGCGCCUGGCGCACUACAACAAGCGCUCGACCAUCACGUCCCGGGAGAUCCAGACGGCCGUGCGCCUGCUGCUGCCCGGGGAGCUGGCCAAGCACGCCGUGUCGGAGGGCACCAAGGCGGUCACCAAGUACACCAGCGCCAAGUGAGUUCGCACACCGCGGAGCGGUAGCCUCAGCCCACACCACAAAGGCUCUUUUAAGAGCCACUCCCUCCUCCAAAGAGAACUGGCACUCGCAUAUUUUAUCGUGCACAUUUAUUUGUUGCACAAAAUAGUUUCUAUGUUUCAUACGUCUUGUUUGAAAGUACUUUGCAAUUCACGAGCAUAUAAAGAAGGUUACUUUUUUCUUCCCCAAAAAUAGCCCACUCUGUAAGUGCGUGUACCUGGCGAAAUUUAGUUAGACACUGCAUAAUCUACCAGUGUCCCUUAUUAAUGGGGCACUAGACAUCAAGACAUGGAGAGUACUCAUUUAAGAUUUUUCUUUUGAAAGCGAUGCUGUUUCUCCCCUAUUUGAAUUUGCCAAAUGUUAGGAAAGAAAAGCAAAAGCCAGAACCCCAUUCGUGAAUCCUACGCGUCAAUCAGGGCUGAGUUGGUUCAAUAGCCAAUCCAGACGCUGCGCGGGCAAUUUGAAAAUUAGCUACCGGUUUCUUUGACUAGUUGGGAGACUGAGGCGGGGCUGUUGGUGGGGGACCUUUACCAGUCAACCCAUCCUUUACUUUGUGGAAUUCACUCUCUAGGACAAGUUGGUUCCUGCUCUCCUUUCUUGGUGUGGUCCACAUGAUGCUUUCUUUCUCUGUCACUCUCACUUCAUAUGUCUCUACUAAGUGGAAUAAAUUUGAAAAGGAAAGGAGAAAGAAGAGCCGUUCCACUAUCCCUCAACCCAGACUGCCUCUGGACAGUUUUAUUUGCCGAAAGUUUAAUGAUAACUUUUAUUCAGUUAGUGUACUCCAGUAACUUAACUAAUUGAUUUAUGGGUGUUUAAGUGAGAAUAUUCUGCGCACGUGCAACAGGAAACAUACAAGAAUAGAGCAACAAUAUUAACAGCGAGCUCGUGUUUACGGUAAAAAGGAUAAACUCUAAGAUUGAGGUAUGUUCACAGGAUGCUUAUCAUACAGAGGAACGUCAGUAUUAGCUUCAUGAUAGCAUUUUAUAAAUGUAAAAAAAAUGAUAUCACUUUUUUAGAGGUUAAAAAAAACACCCCAAAUUAUAUAGUGUUUAAGUGUAUUUAGAAGCAUGUAUAUGAUAAUAAACUUUUAAAAGGAGACAUUCAUAAAUACAUUUUUAAAAAUAUCCAGCAGUGGCCCCUGGUAAUAAAAACAGGGAAGUGGAAUGGGGAAAGCCACAGAGGUAAGGACAAAUAGCUGCAAGCAUUUUAUUUUGGAGGUUAGAAGUUUGGCCUGUGUGUUUGAUAUAAUUUGCUUGCUUUAUACGUUACAUGUAUAUUAUCUAUGUUCCCUUCAUGUAUCAAAUAUUGUACUGCAGAUAGUGAAAGUAAACAUGUAAAAAUAACUUCCAAGCCAUGUAACUUGUAUUCAGAAAAAUGUGUAAAUGAGAACCCUGUACUUAGUAGUGCUUCUCCAGAUUUUAUUUCUUUUAGAGAGAAGGAAAGGGAAAAGAAGACUGACAGACCAUUAAAAAGGCCCAUGGAUUCAGUAAGCUCAUUCUUUUGGUUAACAUUCAUUCAGCAUCCAACCUCCAGAUAUCUUUGCUCCUGAUUCUGCAGACUUCUAGGAAGUUCUUGGGGGAUCCUGGUGGGACUUCAGUUGGUUUCUUCACAUUAUUUGAUGUAUUGAAUCUGCAUGUAGCACAAAACUGGUAGAAUUCAUGCUUCAUGAAAUUCAGCUAAUGAAAUGCUCUUUCCCCUGCUUCAGCAGCUACCUAAAUCCCCAGUGAGCCUCCAAAGCUGGCUGUAGUCUGUUUCCCGCUGGAGCCUGGAGAAUAAGGCCUGGGUAAAACUAGACUUCCUUUAGUUCCUCCAGCUCUUGUAAACCUCACAUCUGCACAGCCUCUCCCAGAAUCUCCGUGCCAUCUCUCUGUGGUGUCUAUGUGCAUAGGUAUUUUGUAUGUCAUACAUUACAGGUGUGGGUGUGCAUCCCUCCAUCAUUUUGUUAGAACAGGCAUUGUACUUUUUUUUUUCAGUUAUAUAUCUUCUCCCACUUCUUACCACCAACAUAUUUGAGGAGGGUAAAUUCACUCUAUGUUUAUUUAAUGAUUCUUUAUGGCACAGGUGACUUUCAACUUCUGUCAAUGUAGUCAGCAGCAAAUUGGUCUAACCAGUUAUCCAGAAUGAGGGAAGCAGCGGAUACAAUCCAGGAGAGGAAAUGAAAAUGAUUUAGAGGGGUUAAGUUUUCUAAGUAUAUUCUCUAGCCAGGAUGAAGAUGACAGAGGCUACUGCUUAUUAAAAUUACACAGGGAAGUCACAGGCAUAUAUAAUAAGUUUUGGUUAUCAGGACCUACAUGAGAGACUUGGAAUUGUCAGAAGGGAAGAAGUCUAGAGGAAUGCAGGGGUAGGGUGGCUAAAAUCUGUGCAGAAUGGAGAAACAUACAGAAGGAAUUUGUGAUCUCUCAAAAGAUUUAUGUAUCAGCAUCAUUGGUCUCCAUUAUUUAGAAAGUCAAAAUUCUGGAAACACACAAAGAAAGGAACAAACAAACAAAUCCCAAAUCAAAAGAACUCAAGGGUAGAUUUUUGUGUUAUUUGCAUCUUGGUGACCCCAGUGCCUAACCUUUUGUUGCUGAAUAAUCUUGAUGAAUUGAUGACAUUUCUUACCACCCAGCUUGGGAAACUGAUUUCCCCUAACUUAAAAUAGGAUGUUGCUUCAUUGUUUUAUUCUGGAAUUCAUACCUGGUAUCUUCAAUAAUUUAUAUAAAUUGUUUCAAGUA